UCACCACCACCACCCCCAUCAUCACCACCCCCCAUUACCAUCACCACCACCCCCAUCACCACCACCCCCCAUUACCAUCACCACCACCACCCCCACGACCGAGCCAGCGCUGCGCUGACCCUGCCCGGGUGGCAGAGAGAGAGAGAGAGAUUGAGAACAGGCAUGGAGCCUGUGGACGCACACGAGGAGGUGCAUGGGGUCGGACGCCGAGCAAGAGGAGGAGAGAGGCUCGGUGGCUGGGGCCUCAUGCAGGCGGCCGGCUGUUGCGCGCUGUCCGGCUACGCCGUGUGGGCCCUGCUACUCAUGCCGGGGUUCCGCCGCGUGCCCCUGCGCCUCCAGGUCCCCUACCUCCCUGCCAGCCCCCAGCAGGUGAAUAACGUGAUGAGGCUGCUCGGGGGUCGAUCGGGACCCCUCGCGGACCUGGGGUCUGGGGACGGCCGGAUCGUGCUGGAGGCUUGCCGCCGCGGUUUCUCCCCGGCCAUGGGCUACGAGCUCAACCCAUGGCUCCUCGCCGUUUCGCGCCUCCGAGCCUGGAGAGCCGGCCUACGUGAGAGGGCCAGUUUCCAGCGACGCGACCUGUGGAAGGUUGACCUCUCGAACUACGAUAACGUGACGGUAUUCCUGGCCCCCAGUGUGCUGCACCAGCUGGAGCACAAGCUGGCCACCGAGCUGCCGGACGGGGCCCGCGUGGUCGCUGGUCGCUUUCCGCUGCCGACGUGGGCCCCCGCGGCCCAAGCAGGAGACGGGGAACAUCGGGCCUGGCUCUACCACGUGCAGCGGUCCGACGGCACCCACGCGGAGCCAGGCCAACUCCCAGGGAGCCACGACAAAAUGUAGAGGACAGUUGACGCGGCCUACAGGUUGCCAAGGGGGGACCUGAGUACUCCCUUCACGCUGGUAUAUCCGUGCCGAGCCAGUGCGGGGCCCCCACGGUACGGGUUCUUUUCCACUGGCUAUUUGACAUGCCUAGUCGUGACCAAACCAUAGUACGCUGGCACCACAAGAAAUCUGAAUCUACCUCUGGGGGUCAGGCAGGGUUACCCACAACGUCAGUUACGCACGUCUCGACGUGAAACGUCACGUGUGCGACAUUGGCGGCACAGUUUUGGUUACGUAGUGGAAAACGACGUGCACCUCCUGAGCCGCACUGGUCUGCUUCAGUCAAGCUCGGCAUGGCUCAGAUGCGCCAGUGGAAAAGGGGAAAGAGGAGAGCCUGCCCAAACCAGGAACCACGGGGGACCCGAGUGGAAAGUAGUAGCAGUCCUGCAGAGCAACCUUCGUUCUUGUUCAGUCUACAGUCACUCCAGUGAGGUGCUCUGAUAACAGGAAUUUCAAGUUUUUGCACACAUUUGGACAGGGAAGCUAAUUAAAACCGUCUUAUACCCUUAGGCAUGUUUAUUAUUUAUUUAUGGCAUGGGUAUAACAUUUCAUGGAAGCAUAGAUUUUAAAAUACAAUAAAACCUUGGAUUGCGAGCAUAAUUUGUUCCGGAAACGUGUUUGUAAUCCAAAGCACUCGUAUAUCAGUUGUGAUCACAUGACGCUCGGCAGACAAAGCGUAUACGUACUACUCGUAUUGCAAGACCUCGCUCGUUUUUCAAAUUAAUAAUUAUUAAAAAAAUUUGCUCAUCUUGCAAAACACUCGCAGACCAAGUUACUCGCAAUCCAAGGUUUUACUGUAUAUAGUUCUUGCACAGAGUUUUAUUAAAACUAACAAUUAAAUAUUCGCCUCAAAUACACUUCUGAGUAUUUAAUAAUGAAUCACCAUUCAUUAUUUAUUAUAUUGUAAAGCUAUUUUUAACAUUUCGGGGAUUGUGCAGUUGUUGUCGGUGCUGUGGGAUUUCUCUUUAACUUUAGACGUUGGUUAAUUAUAUAAUUUUUACAACACUUUGAACCUUUCUGGAAUCUAAAAGUGUAACAUAUUUAAAAUUAUAAUGUAUAUAAAAGUAUACAUUUACAACA